AUGCUCCCUGUACUGAGGAGCAGAUGCAGCAGCACUUCAGGGGUCCCUCGCUGCCAGCUGCUCGGCAGUAGCAGCAGCAGCAGCAGCGAAGGCAAUAGUAGCAGCAGAAGCUGCCACAGCAGCGGCGAUAUAAGCAGCACAAACAGCAGCGGCAGCUGCUGCCACUGCUGCAGCAGCGGCUCAAGCUGCAAAAGCAGCAACUACGUCUUCAACAACAAUGUAAGCAUUAACAGAUGCUCCAGCAGCAGCAGCAGCAGCAACAGCAGCAGCAACAGCAGCAGCAGCAGCAGCAGCAGCCGCAGCGGGACCCACCGGACCUAUGCGGACAGAGCCUGCAGCAGCAGCAGCAGCAACAACAACAACAGCAGCAACAACAAAAACAAACACAGGGAAGAUCCACCUGACCCAUGCACAAUUGAUCACUAUGGCAGCAGCAAUGCUAGCAGCAGCAGCAGAUGCAGCAGCAGCGGCAGUAGAUGCGGCAGCAGCAGCAGCAGCAGAUGCAGCAAAUGCAGGCGACGCUCCAGCAAUAGCUGCCGCAGAAGCAGCUGCAGGCGAGACCGCAGCAGCAGUAGCAGCAGCAGCAGCGGCGGCGGCCACCGCGAAAUUCCGCGCCACAGCAGCACAGGCAGAGGUGGAGAAAUAAACAGCGGCAGCAGCAGCAGCAGCAGCAGCGACAGCAGCGACAGCAGCACGGAGAGCAGCAGCUGCAGCAGCCACUGCAGCAGCAACGACACCUCUGCGGCAAACUGCGUGGCGGAGAGCCCGCAAUUUGUAAACCGUCUAAAAGAAUGCAGCAGCAGCCGCAGCAGCAGCAGCAGCAGCGGCAGCGGCUUGGCCAUAGGGAGCAGCAACAACACACACAGCAGCAGCAGCAGCAGCAGCAGCAUUCCUGAGCUGGCGCUGCUGCUUGCUUCUCAGUUCUUUUGCGUGGGGGACCUGUGCAGCUGCUGCUUGGUGUGCCGCGAGUGGUAUGUGCUGCUGGCGCAGCAGCAGCAGCAGCAGUGGCGGCUGCUGCUGCUGCAGCAGUUUGGAGUUAAAUAUGAAAACUAUUUUAAGUACCGCCUCGGCUGGAGCUGGAGACUGGCCUUUGCCAAAGCAGCAAGUUUCGUCAGAAACAUCAAGCAGGCGAAGUACCGGCACACAAGCUACAAGGAGCUGCUGCGGCCCUCGCUGCCUCGGGCCCGCGUGCGCAGUUUGGCACUUUGCUGCUGCUGCUGCUGCUUCUUGUGGGAGGACGGGGUGUACAUACACCUGGUGCACCUGCAGCAGCAGCGGGAGAUGUGGCGCGCCGAGGCCAACAAGCCAGUGGACCACCUGCUGCCCCGCUGCAGCAGCAGCAGCAGCAGCAGCAGCAGCUGGGAGGAGGAAAAGGAGCCUCGGGCCUGCUUAGUGGCAACAGCAACAAAAGCAGUGGUGCUGAAGCGGGGAGUGCUGCGGGGGUACAAUUUGCUGGACGGGCAGCUUGCUGCUGCUGCGCUGCUGCCAGCAGCAGCAGCAGCAGCAAAACACCAGGACUUCCCACUAGAUGUUUCCCUCAGAAAUCUGCAGCUAACUGUUUUGGCUGGCAGCUCUUUGUAUGUCUUUGACUCCCACACUCUCAGGUGUCUGUACACCGUGGUGCACACCCAGAGCCCUGCUGCUGCUGCUGCUGCUGCUGCUGCUGCUGCGCCGCCCAGGCACUUCGCCUUCAACAGACCCCCAGCAGCAGCAGCAGCAGCAGCAGCAGCGCCAGAAGAAGCAGCGCAGGACUUGGACUUCCUCUGGGCGGGCUAUGUAGACUCCCCCACUGCCUACAGCUGCAGCAGCAGCGGCGUGGUUAGCGGCAGCAGCAGCAGCUGCUGCAGCACUUGCAGCAGCCGCUGCAGCAGCUGCAGCACCAAACUGUUCAUACCGAAGCUGCCAGCAAACGCUCCAGCCUCUCUGCUGCUGCAGGAAGCACGCGCGAUGCAGCAGCAGCAGCAGCAGCAGCAGGACUCUCCGCCGGCCCCCUUCUGCUGCGGCCUCCGCAGCAACAGCAUUUUUGCUGCUGCAGUGCAGCAGCAGCACCGGCUCAUUCGCCGCAGCAAGCAUCUUGUCACCUGGCUCAGGCGCAGCUGCAGCACCAUCAAAAUAUGGGCAGUGGCAGACGGUGAG